CAGUGGUGACACGCGUGAAAAAUAACAAUUAAUCAAAAUUAUAUUUAUUAAAGACAAUUAAAUUUCAAAAGGGCAAUAUUGAUUCGCGAUAAAAUUUACGAGUGCAUUAAGUAUCUAGAUUAUUGAAGUUAAAUUAGCAAUUUUAUGCGAGCUGUUAAGUUUUUCUUUUUUUUUUUUUGAAAUGGCUUAUCGUAUAUUUGUUUUGUGUGCCUGUGUUUGUCACAUUGUCUUCGGUCAGCUUGUAUUCGAGUGCGAGACUGUAGGCAAGACUCCGGGCACGUGCGUCGGCAUCACGCAGUGUGAGCCGUACCUCAAGCUGCUGGCGAGUGCUGGCUCCAAGCCUGAAGUGAAGGAUCUGCUGAGGAAGUCGCUGUGCGGUUACGAUGGCACCACUCCUAAGGUGUGUUGUCCAAGAGCGACGGCGACCACGCGCGUAGUUAGUGACGUAGGCAAGGCUUUGAAGGAAGACACAGACUACAUCUUCGCGUUCCCUUCCCCGCCUGAAUGCGGUAUAAGUAAUGCCAGCUUUGGCAGAAUAGUCGGUGGCGUAGACGCUAAGCUAGGUGAUUUGCCAUGGAUGGCGCUGCUGGGGUACUCAGUGCGCGGCGCUCCGACCAACUGGCUGUGCGGCGGCUCGCUCAUCAGUGCGCGCCACGUGCUGACAGCGGCACACUGUAUACAUAACCAGGAGACCUCGUUAUACGUGGUCCGUUUGGGCGAGUUGGACUUAGCCCGGGAGGACGAAGGCGCGGUCCCUGUAGACGUUCUCAUCAAGAGGAACAUCAAGCACGAGGCAUAUAAUCAUGAGUCUUUCGAGAACGACAUUGGUCUAAUUGUACUUCAAAAUGAAGUGCAGUUCACAGACCUCAUAAGACCCAUAUGCAUACCCACGGACAGCAGAUUUCGCUCUGUGGACUUCGUUGGCUGGACUCCCCUGGUGGCGGGCUGGGGCAAGCUAAGUGCGCGUGGUGCAAAAGCGACGCACCUCCAGGUGUUGCAGCUGCCAGUGUUGACCAACGAGGUGUGUGUCCAACGCUACGCGGCGUACGAGGCGCAGGUCAUCGACCAGCGCGUGUUGUGCGCUGGAUACACCAGCGGGGGCAAGGAUUCUUGCAGCGGCGACAGUGGCGGGCCGCUGAUGCAGCCAAUUCCCGUGAACCUAACGUCAGUGUACUACCAACUCGGUGUGGUGUCCUUCGGGCCGAGAGAGUGCGCGUUGCCCGGCUUACCCGGUAUCUACACACGGAUAACCAGCUUCGUACCCUGGCUGCAGAGACAGGUCCUUGGAGCUGUGUAACAUGACAUAUGUCACAUCAACAUGACACAUGUCACAUCAAUAUGACGUAUGUCACAUCGAUAUGACAUAUAUAAUCACAUCGACAAAAAAAUAACACAUAUUGUAUGGCCAUACGCAUAUACAAUCAUAUGCCAGAGAGUUUGAAAGGGUUAGAUGCUAUGCAAUUCAAAAGAAAAAUGGUCAAAAUACUCUUAGUUAUAUGAUAUUACACACAGUGGCAGAGUUCCUUAAUGACAAAUUAUUUUAUAUCAAUAAAAUGUAAAUGAAUACCUAAUGUUUUGACAGUAUUACCCUUGGUUUAUUGGUUGUAUUUUAUUAUUUAUGUUCAUUGACUUUAAUUUCUGAAAUUACAAUGUAAAUACAUAUUUGAAAAUUUUAAAUAAAAAAUAUUAUAAUGAACUCGGCUUGCACGCCUAUGAGGCAGAUUGUGUAUGAACAUUUAAAUGUAACAAUAUCUGUAUAUGACCAUAUUCUGGCAAUAAAUGAUUUAUGAUUUAGGAUAUGAUUUAUGACAUGAGGUAUGUCACAUCGACAUGAGGUAUGUUACAUCGACAUGACAUAUGUCACAUCGACAUGACAUCAGCUGAUGGACGACGACUGUUGGAGGCCUGGACUAGGCCUUUUGUAGGGCAUAUACAACGGCCCGCGCCGUCUACCACAUCAAAUUUAUUAAUGUCGUUCUAGACAUUAAAAAUAAGUGAUACUUAUAAAUAAAAACUAUAAAGAAAUUGAAAGUAGUAUUUUUACUACCUUGAAAAAACUAAAAAACACGCUUGAUACCCAUGUCAUAGGGGUGCAUUUCAAAUAAACUGUCCGCCAUCUUGGACGUCCGCCAUUUUGUAGAAAUU